GGCCUCCUCCUCCUCCUCGUCUUCUCCACACUCCACUGAGCACAGCGAGUGACCAACCAACCACUAGUCUUCAUCUUCUCGCGGUUUCCGAGCGGCGGCGCCAUGGAGAGCGGCCACAAGAGUGGAGGCGGCGGAGCUCUUCCCGGAGGAGGAGCCGGAGGGGAAGGGGUUCUGUGCCACGCGUGCGGGUACCAGUACCCCAACGCGCACCCCAGCGCCAAGCAGCGCCGCGGGCACCGCAAGCACUGCGGCAAGACGCCGUCCGCCGCCGCGGAGGAGGAAGGCGCCGGGGAGCGUGACGGCAAGGAGUUGCUUCAAGGUGGGGGUGGUGGAGGUGGAGGAGGAGGAGGAGAGGGAAUUGGAGCGAGCGCGGCGGAAUGUGGCGGCGGUUUGCCUGGAUCUGCGCCGGAGGUUGGAGAUGCAGUGGAGGAUGGGGACAAUGCAGAGCAUUCUUUCGGUAAAGGUACUGGGCAUCAAGUAGUCGAAGAUAAAAGUGCUGAAGAUUGCCCCAUCAGUUGCCAUAAUAUUCCUUCUGAAAUCACUCCUGAGGCCAGUAGGACUGAUGAUGCUGAUACUCUGACUGCAGUAGCUACACAACACACUGAAAAAGGAUCACCUACCGAGUAUGGGGAUCCAUCUGAUCCAGCUAUUAGUUCUGAGGAGCUUAAGGAUUCUCCUGCUUCUGUCCUUCCACCAGUGCCUGAAGAUGGUGCAAGAUUUAGUUCAGAAAUCUCUGAAUAUGAAAUCCAGAACUCAAGUGUUGAUUCUCUGGCAUCAAAUGCAACUGGAGGUGAAAUUUCUGAACAAACAAAUGAUGCGGCCAGUCAACUGAAUGGAGUUGCUGUGACUGAGGAAGAUGGUACAAUCCCCAUCAUAUGCGAAAAUAAACCUGAUGAGGACAAAUCUGUUAAAGGUGAUGAGUUUGUUCUCUCCUGUCAAGAUAAUCUACAAACUAAGAUUGGUGAGGGGCACAGUACCACACUACUGGAGGAAGAUUCAUCUGAUAAGAAUCUGAUUGCGGUUCACAAUGAAGAAAGCCCUAAAGAUGAAACUGAAUUUGUUAUGUUAACUAACCCUAUUGAGGAUUUUCCUAAUACUGAGGAGCCUUUUGAGUCUUCUACUGAGAAAUCUGUUGAUGAUGACUUACUGAAACUUGGUACAGGCGGUUGCCAUUCGGAGACGCCCGGUAUUGUUGAACCCCAGCAGCAACCUUACUCUACCUCUGUGACAGCAGACCAUCUGUCAAUCCCCGAACAGGCAGAGAAUGUUGAUACAGAUGGGGGCAUCCAAGCAAUACCAAGUGCAAUUGGAUCUGCUGUCGGUGCCAAAGUCGUACCUGUUGAUGCUGUAGCUAGCACUACAGAGAACGUUUGUUCAUCUGACGUAACAGUGGGAGACAGCAUGCAGAAAAAUGUGACUAGUGAUACUGUCGUUCCAACUCAAGUUGACCCGGUGGAGGUUAGCACUACCACUACUGUUCAUGAAAUCAACAUUGUUGGUAGCACAAAUGAUGUUGACGAAAAGAGGCAGAAUGAAAAAACCGGUUCAGACCUUACUUCCCAUGAGGUAAAUGAGAUGCACAUAGUAGAAGACCUUGAAGAAAAGCACCAGAACAAAGAGAUCAUUAUAGAUCCGAUUUCUCAUGAAACUAAUGAAGCUUCCGUAAAUGAGAUGCACAUAGUAGAAGACCUUGAAGAAAAGCACCAGAACAAAGAGAUCAUUAUAGAUCCGAGUUCUCAUGAAACUAAUGAAGUUUCCAGUACAGAUAAUUACGGGGAAAGUGAGCAGAAUGAAGAAAUUAUUGCAGAGAUAAGUGCAGUACGCAUGAGUGGUAUUGAAGUAAAGGAACCGAUUGAAGAAUUCAUUGCCAAAUCGGCUUCUGAGAAGAUCAGUGAGACAAGUAGCAGAGACAUUGUUGAAGAAAAGAAGCAGAAGGAUGAGAUUGAUGUAAAAGCAAACCGUGAGAUAUAUGUGGCAUGCAGCAUAGAAACCGUUGAAGAAAAUAAUGCUACUUCUUGCGAGAUUAAUGCGGGGAAUGCCACAGAUAACAUUGAAGACAAUAAGCAAAAUGAAGAAAUUACUAUGGGUCCCAUCUCUGAUGGCACCAUCAUGAUAUGCAGCACUGUUACUGUGGGAAAGACGCAUAAUGAAGACAUGACCGAGCACCCUAGUUCUCAUGAGACAAUUGUGGCACACACAGGUAACGUUGAAGAGAAGAAGUAUGAAGACACUACGACAGAUCCUACCACUCACAAUUUUAGUGUGGUUACCUCUAGUGACAAUGUUGAAGAUAGGAAGGACGACGAAACAACCGCAGACCCUACUUCCUCCGCGAUAAAUGCGGAGCGAACCGCCGAUAAUGUUGAAGAAAAGUGGAGUGUAGAGCCUAUUUUGGACCCUACCUCUUCCAAGACCGGCACUGUAGGCAGCAUAGGUGACGCAGAAGACGAGAAGCAGAUUGAAGAAACUACAGCAGAUCCUAGUUCUGGUGAAAACAACACGCUGCAAAGCACAGAUAAUGCCGAAAAUAAGAAGCAAAAUGGAGACACCACCACUGACCCUGCUUCAGAUGAAACCGAAGCGGCACAGAACACAAAUGACGCCGAAGAAAGGGAGAAGACGGAAGAUACAGCCACAAGGGAAAUCAACACCAUACAAAGCACAGAUGACCCGAAAGGAGCUGAUCAGAAUGAAGAGAUCGCUGACAAGGAAAUGGUUAUGGAUUCAGACAGGAACCAUGUCUCGUUGAAGGUCCUCCUCGCCGACAAGAACGUGGAAACCAAAGAGAAGAAAGCAAGCACCAAGGAACGAGUACUGUCAUUCAGGCGCCGAGCGUCGAAAGACAAUGUGUCACCGGCGAAGUCGGGUUCUCCGAAAGCUGGUUCGGGGCAGCAAGACUGGAACUCUCCCGCCAGGUUACCUGCCGAGAGCAAACCCAAGGGAAGAAAACAACAGUGGGUGCCGUUUAUUUGCUGCUCGUCGAUACAGUGAUGCUACUUCAGUAUCAGCUGGGGCUCAGGACCGUCGCCGAACCCUGUCUAUUUGCUAUUCGUUGAUGGUACCAAUUGUCAUCUCAGGACAUUCGUGACAAGGAUUGCUUUGGUCCUGUUUACCGAUCUCGCUACUUGGAUUGUGAACUCCAUUUGCCUUUUGUAUGCUAGUAUAUAUACGUUGGUGUAAAUUUAACUAGAUGUGUUCAGAGUACUCCCUCCGUUUCGCAAUAUUUAUUCAUA